UUUUCUAAGAUUCGAGAUAAAAAUAAGAUUAAGGUUAAGAAAAAGGAUGAAGGUUUUUAACAGGGUCAGAGAAUGUUAUUUGAGCUAUUUUUUUUUUAAGAAAAGAUUAAUACAAACAUCAAGAUUUAAUAAAGUUAUUCAUAAACUAGAAAGAAAUUUUAUAACAAAAAGUUAUGUAAAGAAUGAUAAAAAUUCGAAACCGGUGGAAGGAAGGAUUCCUAGUAGUUUAGAACAAGCAACAGGGAUUGAGAGAUAUGAGCUUUUACAAAAGUUGGCGGGGAAAGAAGCUUUUGACCUUACUCCUCUUGAUGCGAGUCGUUUAGGAACACUUAAGGAUCCUAUUGUUGUUGAAAGUCUUGAUAAAACACGUUUAAUAGGAUGCACGGGGUUUCCUGCGGAUUCUCAUGAUGUACUUUGGUUUGAAUUAUCUGUUAAAGAAAAUUCGCGAUGUCCAGAAUGUGGUAGUGUUUAUAAAUUAAAUUUUAUAGAAGGAAAUAUACAAAAUCAUCAUUAAAUUAUGUUAAUUCUAAAAGUACGUUAAAAUAAUGAAAAUUGUUU